AGUGGUGGACUUAGGAUGGGAGCCUGUCUAAAGCCUAAACAUCUGAUCCCAAAGCCAUCUUCCCUCUCAGGCUGUUGAAAUGUCAGAUGGUGAAAACAAGCAAGAGUUCCAGAUGGAGCAACUGGAUGAGAAACAUGACAAAGAUGGUAAUGGGAAAACUUCAGAUUCACACUUGAUUGGGAGUCCCAUGCUUGGGACUGGGAGUCCCCACCUGUGGCUUCCAAACCCACUCUCUGUGCAAGCUCUUGUGAAAAGCAGCAUCCCAUGAGGAAGUUCUUCAUUACCAUGCCGAGAACAUUGAUCUGAAGCUGUAUCCUGCAAAUGCUGAGCCCAUUGGUGAGCUGUAGGAGGCCUUCAGCAACCAUCAACCUCACUCCAGAAGGAAAGGGUAGAAUUUCCUGGAUGAUCAAGCUGGUAAAAGGAAAGGCUUCCUGGAGGUGCACUUCCCAGCAUGGCAAAUCCUGCACAGCGUGCACAGAACAGCUUCAGAGAUGGCAAAGACUGCAAGGGAAAGGAGAAGGCAUGAGAAAUCCCUCAAAUCAUUUGAAGGAAGGAUUGGUUCUGCUCCAGUGAAACCUGUGGUCUGUGACCCCUAUGAGACCUUUAGUGAACAUUGGGGGAAGAAUUGCAGUAGAAGUUUCAUUGCACUCUGCAGAGAACCAUUUAUGCCACCACUCUGGUUCUGGGACUGGGAUCUCAGCCAUAGAACAGUGCUCUCCUGGAAACAGCAAACAAACAGUGUGAAACCUCCCUAUGCCCACAUCUGGUUUUCUAUGUACCUCAGUGGGAGUGAUAUGGGUGCACAGGUCUUCUGCUUGAGAAAGGAACAACCAGCUAUCAAGGCAGUGCCCCACUUUGAAUUUUUGUAUCUCCUUCUUUGUCUUAUGAACUAUACACCUGGAGAUGUGUCUCAAUGGUCAGUGCAACCAGCUGGGCACAGUGCUGAGCAAAGGCUGCAUCUCCUCUGUCUAGGAUGUCAGACCCUACUAAGAGCUACCAUCAGUACACACAAAGUCCCCAGAUAUCUUGGUGUCUCCAUAAUACAAUGUAUUGAGCUGGGGAUCCUGGUGAUAGACACGGCAUUCAGUAGAAACUCUACCAGCCAGUCCAUCCAGGGCAUGGAUGCAAGAAUUCAUCAAGGAUGAGGAGCUGGCUUUAGACAGUAUGUUUGCACCCAUCUGAAACCUGUCCACUGUCUGAGAUAUUAAGUCAUUUUCUGAGCUUCUCAUUAUUGCUUUGUGCUCUUUCUCCAUUGUGUUUGUAUAAAGCAUAAGCCUUUGGGGUAGAACUUUUCUGCCUUUGACACUCCCAACUCAUUCUUGCAAACAUAUAUUUGUUGUUGUUGUUGUUGUUGAGUAACCAGUAAUAAAUAAUGUUUUGGUCAA